AUGCCGCCUCGUCUCAAAGAUGGCGUCAAAGUGGCCGUCCAAGAACGCUGCCUACAGGUCUGGUCCGAGAAACAGGCCCUGCGUAUGUUGCGGCCCAUCGUCGCCGACAUCGACGGAACACAAGCAGAGCGCCUUUACUUUCAUCGCUUUCGUCGCGUAGCAGACGCCGGUCUCUGCAAUCACGUCACAAACCUCACCAGUUUCUGGAGCAGGCUUGCACCGCAGCUAAGCCAUUCUGAUGAGGCCGUGAAGCAUGCCAUCGUCGCCCUCGGCUCUGCGUACCACAUUUAUCAGACGGCACCCCCGCCAGGCGGCGAUGGCGCACCGCCGGGGGAACUCGAGAUCUUCACGAUCCAGCAAUACAGCACCGCCAUGUCCAAGCUCUCAAGCUACGCCCACGUACCGAUGAAGGACAGGAUCACCGUCACACUGUUGUGCUGCGUGUCGUUCGUAUGUAUCGAGACGCUGCGCAACAACUGGCGGCCGGCUCUGACACACCUCACAAACGGUUUGCGCAUCAUUGAGAGCCUUCCCUUGAGCAUGCUCAACAAGCUACGGGAUCCCCUGCCGUCCCGUGACGGGACAGGGGCUACAGAGAGCAUGUCGGGGAUGGAUUACAUCCUCAGACUGUUCGCCACCUGGGAGGUUUCCUGCGCACUAUUCGCCGAGAACUUCAAGCCCGUCAUCUCCAUCAAGCUAUACAAGGGACGCGAACUGGACGACACGCCGCUGGACGAGUUUGAAACCAUCAUGCAGGCUCACCAAGCCAUUGUACAGUACACACGCGACGUCUUCGCCCUGGUCUGGUUGACUCGGGAGCAUCAAGGCGACGACAAGUUUUGGUCUCAGCCGCUUCCUUGCCGCCAGCACGAGAUAUUGAUGGACAAAGGCGACUAUCUGACCGGUCUUUUUGAACGGUUCAUGGAACGGCCCCAGGCCCCCGCAAGCGGCACAGAAGAGUACUACUCCGUCUGUCUAGACAUGCUUCAUUACAAAUGCGCCAGGCUGCUGUGUCAGACGCUGCACCAGAAGCCCCACCAAAGACGGCAAUCACCAGACAUCGUAACCCAACACGCCGAACUGGUCUCAAUAGCCACUCUUCUGCACCGAGGGCUAGCCGCCAAGCAGCGGCAAACGGACACGCUUCCUCGAUCUUUCACUCUCGAUAUUGGUAUCAUCCCACCUCUCUACUUUAUUCUGGUCGCUUGUCAGGACCCGGCGGUGCAGGAAAAGGCUCUUGGUAUUCUGCGAGACUACCCACAAAGGGAAAAUCUUUGGGACGGCAACGCGGUGCGCAACCUACUGGUCACUGUCGAGAAUGUACCCAGAUACCUACUACCUCGCUCAAUGCUCUAUGCUUGCCUACCUACCUGCCUACCUAGAGUUGGCGGGGGCAAAUGCCCCUACAGCUUGCUUCGAGUCAGCUGCAGUCCCCCCGACUGGCUGCAACACCACCUGCGCGAACUUUCAUUGCACCCGCGCCGGGCACUCCAAUCAUCUUCUUCAACCCCCUUUCAACGAUGCAAGAUGGCGGCGUUUCACCACGACAUACCUGCGAUCGCUGAAGAAAAGACGGGGUUCGACCUCAAUGUGCAGCAUGGACACCAGGACCUUGUCCAAGCGGUAGCAUUCAACGCCUACGGCGACCGCUGCGCGACAGGCUCUGUUGAUGGAAAGAUCAAGGUCUUCAACCGGCACAAAGAUGGCGUCUGGCAUCAUUGUGAUACUUGGGGCGCUCAUGGAGGAGAGAUUCUCGAGCUUCAAUGGCUGCCCCCGACCGUUUACCCGAACCUCAUUGCCUCCCUCGGCAUUGAAGGGCGCUUCAAGCUAUGGGCCGAAGACCCUUCAGCGGCACCGGGCCGCCGCUUCAGUGCCAGCAACCGCGCGACGACGAGCAAAGCCGCCUACGAGAUGCGAUCCCCCAAAUACCCUUACCGUUCUUUUUCCAUGAAGCACAAUGAAGAGACGCGGCACACCUACCUCGCUCUACUCGCCUCCGACGGCCGUCUGGUAGUGUAUGAGAACGAACAGCCCGAGAACAUGUCCGAGUACACCCCCACCGACGAGUUCAGCAUAUGCCCCAAACCGAGUCGCGGCGAAGAGAUCAGUUUCAAGGUCCGCUUCGACCCGAACCCGGAUCCAUGCUACAAUGCUCUAAGGGCGGGAGUGUCGAGCGACUCGUUGGGAUUGGUAGUCGCUGGGAUGUCGUCGGUGAAAGUCUACCGCUCCAGAGACGUCAUCACGACAUCAUACGGCGUCGCUCAAACCCAGCGUGAGUUUUACCUCGCCAUGGAAGUCGGCGUCCACCGUGGUCUCGUCCGGGAUGUCGCAUGGGCACCGGGAAACAUCCGUGGUUACGACACCAUCGCGACGGCCUGCCAGGAUGGGUUCGUCCGCGUGUUCCGGAUCGACACGCCGUACUCGGGCGACGGCAAGAAGUGGCAUACAUCGGAGCUCACAAAGCGCGAAAAUCACCAUGCGCAAACAUCGUCCAAGACGGGGCAGCCAAACGACAAGCACCACCAGUCGGGCCUCAGCGCCAGCCUGGCCAAGUCCGACUCGCAUGCAGAGCGACACUUUUCGGGACAGCCAGGCCAGGUGAAGCACAUUGUCGAGGAGGUGGCGAAGCUUGACAGCCACCACACGCCCGUCUGGCGGGUGGGUUUUGACGACGACGGUCAAAUCCUCGCCAGUACUGGUGACGACGGCAAGCUCGUGUGCUACCGUCAAACACCGCGCGGGACGUGGGCAAAGAGCUCGGAGCUUGCCAUGGUGAAGACGAAGAUGGUGACACCCUGA